UUUACUUAUCGACAUAAGUAGUAUUAAUGGUUGUUUUGAACCUGUGUAUGUUCUGAAAUCUUGACAUUUACGAUUUACAAUGAACUCCAUGAUUACACCUGCUAUUCAGCCAGUUGAAUCCAAAUCGGUUAUUUCUCGAGAUUCACAAUGUUCUCGUUACUUUGCACGAACAACAUCUUCAGUAGAUAUCUCUUCACAUUGUAAUGAAAGUAUUGCUGCUCAACUGCAUUGUCUUCGGAAUGAUUCUACAUUGUGUUCUUCACAAUAUCCACAAACAUCAUCUACACAUACAAGCCAUACAAUGACUUCAUUUUUUCAUUCAAACAAUACACUGCCUGUGACAAUGAAUGGUGAAAGAGUAAAAUUUUCCAGAAUGAAUCACGAAGAAAUAUUGUCAAUACGAAAAGCAGGCUCCUUAGAAGUUGAAGUUUUGUCACCUGAUCUUUCAAUGUAUCAUCAAGGAAAGCAUAAGAAUGUUACGACUGUUUCAAGAGGUCAUACAAUAGUUAGACAGAAAGAUGUGUUGCAGCCUAUGAAAGUGACUAAUGAGGGAGUAGUCAAUGAUACACAUGGACUGACGAUAAAAAACCAAAGCACUUCAAUUGUAAAAAAGAGGAAGAAACGUCCAAAGAAACCUCCAUUGAAGGUGUCUUCAGAAUUACCAACUAUGAUACCAGCCUUGAUAGAUCCGAAUGAAAAGCAGCACCAAUGUCCAGAUUGCCCAAGAAAGUUUUCAUGGUCAUUUCAACUUCAACAACACAGAAGAACACACAGUGGAGAACGGCCAUUCAUAUGUGAACAUUGCCAACAAGCAUAUAAACGUCGAGAGCAUUUGCAAAGACAUGAGAGAGUUCACUCUGGGGAACGACCAUUUGAAUGUGAUGAAUGCGGGAAAAAGUAUAGAAGGAAAACCCAGUUGAUACGUCAUGCAAGAGUACAUACUGGUGAACGACCAUAUAGCUGUAAUAUUUGUAAUAAAUCAUUCAGAAGAAGAGGUCAUCUAUCAAGGCAUUUCAAGACUCAUGCAAAUGAAAUUUUGAAGAAAUCUGGAAUCAACCCAGAGUCUCUGGAGGAAGCAAGUGCACUGAUGUCUGUACCUUUUGACAACAAAAAUGUGAAGAAUAGAUGAAAAUGUUGUGAAAAACUCAGUGUUUGCACAGCAGUUUUGUGGGUACAAUCUCAUUGAUAGUUUCUAUAUAUGUAAUUGAAAUGUGAAAGUUUAUAACAACGCAAAAUACUUUCUUGAAAUCUAUGCAAUUUUGUCCUUAAUAAUUUUCGGUGUGUAGGAUUUCUCUGUUCUUGAUUCACAAUACUAGAAAUUGCAUGACGUUUAUUGAUUGUAUAAAUUCAUUCAUUUGUAAUAAGGAUUGUAAUAAUAAUGUAUGGCCAAAAGAGUUGGUUUUGUUUGUUUGUUCUUCUCUUACUGCUGCAGAUCUGAUCUGCUUGCAAUGUAUAUUAUUGUCAUUUUUGAAUGUACAAUUUUACUGGCAUGGCUCUUUAAGUCUGAUUAUUUAGGUGCUUGCCGUAAAGUAGUACAGUGCUGUCAAUAGUUGGCUGUGGAUAUUACAAGGAAAUGUCUGGCCAGAACUUUUGUGUUUGUUUAUAUAUAUUCCAUAUGUACAUUUCUAAUGUCAUUGAUUGUCAAUUAUUGCCUUCAUUAUUUAUACAUUUCCUUCCGUCUUAAUCAUUUUUGUUAUUUCAUAUUUUUGAUAGCAUUCAUUAUGUUGGAGACAUUGAAUAAAAAAGCAUAAGAUUACGAAUUUUA